AGUGCGGUUGCGGGCAGAGGCUGCUCGCCGGGUCCUGGGGCUGCGGCUCCAGGGCCGGCCCCUCGUGCGCCCCGCCACACGCUGCGCACCCGGGCGCACCGCAGCCGAUGUCGUCUCGCAGGUAGUGCUCGCGCACGAUCUUCAUCACGCCGCCCGCCCGGGUCUUUUUUAAGAACGUCUUGGACUUGAGCAUCUUGCCUCGCUGCGCAGAAUCCUAACCCCAGCAGUGCUCUUCCAGCAAAAGGCGUCACUCUAGAACGAUUAUGCCUCACCCCGGCGGUUCUUCCCUUUCCAUUCCCGGAUAUUAGCAACACUUCUCGCGGGAAAAUGCCGAGACAAACAUUGGUUGGCGCUCUGACGGCCGCGGGGAUUGGGCGAGAGUGAGGAGGGGCGGCAAAGCAAGGAGAGGAGCCAUUUCCGCCCGUGGCCUAGGCGGGGCUGGACGCCACCUCCCAGCGUGUGUUGCUUUCCGCUCCUCGGAACAUCCGGGAGAGUUGACUUCCGGCGGCUUGUGGGAGUGCUGCCUCUGUCCUCCUUGCGGGUGCGGAGAUGGUUGUCUUGGUUACGGGUCCUAACGGUCCCCUGCCUUGAAAUCCCUUGUUGAGGGCCUGCAACCUUGUGCUUCCGACUGGAGACGCCUUUGGUCCCUCGGUGUCUGCACUGGCGGCUGGUCCAGCCUUCAGUGUGGAGUAAUUGACGCUUUCGAGAAUAUUAAAAUCGAAUUAGAGAAGAAAACUGAUCCAUAAUAAUAAAAAUGUCUCGAAAAAUUUCAAAGGAGUCAAAAAAAGUGAACAUCUCUAGUUCUCUGGAAUCUGAAGAUAUUAGUUUAGAAACAACAGUUCCUACGGAUGAUAUUUCCUCAUCAGAAGAGCGAGAGGGUAAAGUCAAAAUCACCAGGCAGUUAAUUGAACGAAAAGAACUACUUCAUAAUAUUCAGUUACUAAAAAUUGAGCUAUCCCAGAAAACUAUGAUGAUCGACAAUUUGAAAGUGGAUUAUCUUACAAAGAUUGAAGAAUUGGAGGAGAAACUUAAUGAUGCACUUCACCAGAAGCAGCUACUAACAUUGAGAUUAGACAACCAAUUGGCUUUUCAACAGAAAGAUGCCAGCAAAUAUCAAGAAUUAAUGAAACAAGAAAUGGAAACCAUUUUGUUGAGACAGAAACAACUAGAAGAGACAAAUCUUCAGCUAAGAGAAAAAGCUGGAGAUGUUCGUCGAAACCUGCGUGACUUUGAGUUGACAGAAGAGCAAUAUAUUAAAUUAAAAGCUUUUCCUGAAGAUCAGCUUUCUAUUCCUGAAUAUGUAUCUGUUCGCUUCUAUGAGCUAGUGAAUCCAUUAAGAAAGGAAAUCUGUGAACUACAAGUGAAAAAGAAUAUCCUAGCAGAAGAAUUAAGUACAAACAAAAACCAACUGAAGCAGCUGACAGAGACAUAUGAGGAAGAUCGAAAAAACUACUCUGAAGUUCAAAUUAGAUGUCAACGUUUGGCCUUAGAAUUAGCAGACACAAAACAGUUAAUUCAGCAAGGUGACUACCGUCAAGAGAACUAUGAUAAAGUCAAGAGUGAACGUGAUGCACUUGAACAGGAAGUAAUGGAGCUUAGGAGAAAACAUGAAAUACUUGAAGCCUCUCACAUAAUUCAAACAAAAGAACGAAGUGAAUUAUCAAAAGAGGUAGUCACCUUAGAGCAAACUGUUACUUUACUGCAAAAGGAUAAAGAAUAUCUUAAUCGCCAAAACAUGGAGCUUAGUGUUCGCUGUGCUCAUGAAGAGGAUCGCCUUGAAAGACUUCAAGCUCAACUGGAAGAAAGCAAAAAGGCUAGAGAAGAGAUGUAUGAAAAAUAUGUAGCAUCCAGAGACCAUUAUAAAACAGAAUAUGAAAAUAAACUACAUGAUGAACUAGAACAAAUCAGAUUGAAAACCAACCAAGAAAUUGAUCAACUUCGAAAUGCCUCUAGGGAAAUGUAUGAACGAGAAAACAGAAAUCUCCGAGAAGCAAGGGAUAAUGCUGUGGCUGAAAAGGAACGAGCAGUGAUGGCUGAAAAGGAUGCUUUAGAAAAAUACGAUCAGCUCUUAGACAGGUACAGAGAACUACAACUUAGUACAGAAAGCAAAGUAACAGAAUUUCUCCAUCAAAGUAAAUUAAAAUCUUUUGAAAGUGAGCGUGUUCAACUUCUACAAGAGGAAACAGCAAGAAAUCUCACACAGUGUCAAUUGGAAUGUGAAAAAUAUCAGAAAAAAUUGGAGGUUUUAACCAAAGAAUUUUAUAGUCUCCAAGCAUCUUCUGAAAAACGCAUUACUGAACUUCAAGCACAGAACUCAGAGCAUCAAGCAAGGCUAGACAUUUAUGAGAAACUGGAAAAAGAGCUUGAUGAAAUAAUAAUGCAAACUGCAGAAAUUGAAAAUGAAGAUGAGGCUGAAAGGGUUCUUUUUUCCUACGGCUAUGGUGCUAAUGUUCCCACAACAGCCAAAAGACGACUAAAGCAAAGUGUUCACUUGGCAAGAAGAGUGCUUCAAUUAGAAAAACAAAACUCGCUGAUUUUAAAAGAUCUGGAACAUCGAAAGGACCAAGUAACACAGCUUUCACAAGAGCUUGACAGAGCCAAUUCGCUAUUAAACCAGACUCAACAGCCUUACAGGUAUCUCAUUGAAUCAGUGCGUCAGAGAGAUUCUAAGAUUGAUUCACUGACGGAAUCUAUUGCACAACUUGAGAAAGAUGUCAGCAACUUAAAUAAAGAAAAGUCAGCUUUACUACAGACGAAGAAUCAAAUGGCAUUAGAUUUAGAACAACUUCUAAAUCAUCGUGAGGAAUUGGCAGCAAUGAAACAGAUUCUCGUUAAGAUGCAUAGUAAACAUUCUGAGAACAGCUUACUUCUCACUAAAACAGAACCAAAAAAUGUGACAGAAAAUCAGAAAUCAAAGACUUUGAAUGUGCCUAAAGAGCAUGAAGACAAUAUAUUUACACCUAAACCAACACUCUUUACUAAAAAAGAAGCACCUGAGUGGUCUAAGAAACAAAAGAUGAAGACCUAGUGUUUUGGAUGGGAAGCACCUGUAGACCAUUAUAUACUCCUGAAGUUCUUUUUCUGAUGGAAAACAAAAUUCAGCUUAAUCGUGUACUCAGCAUUUUUUAAAUAACAAUGUUUAUUUGAACUAAUAUUAAAUUAACAAAUUCAGUGUAAUCAAAAUGUGUAAAGAACAAACAAUAUACUUUAUUUUUUUCUAUUUUAUAAAAUAAAUAUAUGCUAUGGUUUAAAUUUUGGAGCUUUCAUAAAUGUUCAAUGCAUUUUAAGUGUGUGGCUUAUAAAUAUUUUGGUGAGUAUUUUUCUGUACUACAUAAAUUCUGAGUAUUAAGACACUUUGCAUUUUUAAAAAUUAAGAAUCAUUUGUGAAGUCCACUACAAGGUACUUCAAAAGCCCAGUAAUGGUGGUCAGAUAUCGCGUAGAUGGAUACAGAUUGUUGACUCUUUUUUGAAGUUGUUUUUUUCUUAUAUUUUAUAUUACCAUUAACCAAUAAAAUCUGGCAGAAAGUCUGCUAUUCCAUUGGUAAAGUGAAAA